AGGACAACACUCCAAAAUUUGCGCUGCGGUUUUAUUGGCAGAUCAGGGAAAGAGCAAGUCACCGAAAGGUCCGUCGGAGAAUAUCAGCGCAAUGUCAAGUUCAAAGAAAGUUUGUAUCGUCGGCUCUGGGAACUGGGGUUCUGCUAUUGCGAAGAUAGUUGGCUCAAAUGCAAAGAAUAACCCAAAGUUUGACUCUACGGUUAACAUGUGGGUGUUUGAAGAGACAGUAAAUGGACGCAAACUCACAGAGAUCAUAAACACAGACCAUGAGAACGUCAAGUACUUGCCUGGACACAAGCUUCCGGAGAAUGUCGUGGCCGUGCCAGAUCUGGUUGAAGCUGCCAAGAGUGCCGACAUUUUGCUCUUUGUGAUUCCGCAUCAGUUCAUCGGGCGCAUCUGUGACACCUUGAAGGGCAAAAUCAAACAAGAUGCACUCGGAAUGUCACUUAUCAAGGGGGUAGAUGAAGGACCUGAUGGACUGAAACUUAUCUCUGAAGUUAUUCAUGAGAAGCUCGGCAUCAAGAUGAGUGUUUUGAUGGGAGCAAAUAUCGCCAAUGAGGUGGCAGACGAGAAAUUCUGUGAGACCACCAUUGGCUGCAGGGAUCAAAUUCAGGGGGCGUUGCUUAAAGAACUCAUGCAGACAAAUAAUUUCCGAGUCACAGUUGUACAGGAAGCAGAUGUGGUGGAGAUUUGUGGUGCUCUGAAGAAUAUAGUAGCAGUAGGAGCAGGUUUCUGUGAUGGACUAGGGUUUGGUGACAAUACCAAGGCUGCGGUGAUCAGAUUGGGUCUGAUGGAGAUGAUUAGCUUUGCUCGUUUGUUCUGCACCACUGGCUCUGUCUCUCCUGCAACCUUCCUGGAGAGCUGUGGCGUCGCUGACCUCAUUACAACAUGCUACGGAGGUCGCAAUCGCAAAGUCGCAGAGGCCUUCGCCAAGACUGGCAAAUCUCUUGAGGAACUUGAAAAGGAAAUGUUAAAUGGUCAGAAACUGCAGGGUCCAGCCACAGCCGCUGAGGUCCACACCAUACUUAAAAACAAAGGCCUACCUGACAAGUUUCCUCUUUUUAAUGCAGUGUACGAGAUCUGUUUUGAGGGUCAGCCUGUUGCUGGGUUCAUCUGCUGCUUGCAGAACCAUCCGGAACAUCAGUGAAAGAAGUGCAGGGUUACAGUAAUAAGUGUGUGUGAGUGUUGCAAAAAUGCAGUAUUUGUAUGUGGGAAAAGCAUAACUAUGCUGAUAGACCAGCUAGACCAUCACCAAACCAGCAUUUAAACCAACCUGAAAUGCAUGGAAAUUCAGCUGGGCUAUGUCUUUUCAGCAGGAUGUGUGUGUGUGUGUGUGUGUGUGUGUGUGUGUGUGUGUGUGUGUGUGUGUGUGUGUGUGUGUGUGUGUGUGUGUGUGUGUGUGUGGUGACCAAAUGCCCCAUAUGGAUAGUAAAACCCAAUAUUUUGGACAUUGUUGGGACAUUUUGUCGGUCCCCAUGAGGAAAACCUCUUACAAAUCAUACUAAAUUUAGUUUAUUGAAAAUGUAAUAAACAUACAGAAAGUUUUUUCUGUGAGGGUUAGGAUUAGGGUUAGGGUUAGGGGAUAGAAUAUAAAGUUUGUACAGUAUAAAAACCAUUAUGUCUAUGGAAAGUCCCCAUAAAACAUGAAACCCAACAUGUGUGUGUGUGUCACAAUGAGAAUCAGGGUCGGGCCCCUCCUAAAGGAGGUGAUAUAGGUGGCCGUCUUGGGGCCCGACAUGUCUUGGGGGGUUCCACGAACACAUGCAAAGUAAAUGAACAAGUAAUAAGAUUAACAUUGAUGACUUUUAUUUUGAAAGUUCAAUAGUUUCUAUCACGCUCACACACAGGAUGCGAUGCAACAUGUGUGGACCUGAUCUUUUAAAAUACAAAUCACAAUGAUGGUAAAAACGAAAAACAACAUAUUAAGUAUAAAAUGAGCUCUGAAUAAAUCACAAAAAGACAAAUAACUAAUAGUUACAACAAAUAAAAUAACAACAGUGUAGCUAAAAUUGGCAAGAAGUAAAGCUAAGCAGUACACACUUAUCUGCAUAAUUUAUUCAUAACGCAAAGCAUUACUGGGAACUGAGCAUGGGUUAUUUUUACAUUAUUAUUAGACACAGAUCGCACCUUGCUGAAUAAUGCACACACCUGACAUAAACGCAGGAAAUUUUAUGAAAAAUAUUGCUUUGUGGCUAUUUGAGUCUUUGAGGCUUAUUUUAUGUAAAGGAUAGAAGAAACGUUUUUUCAAGUAUAAUCUGCUGGGGAAGGAAUUAAAGGACUGCAGCUAUAAAGAUGCAAAAACUCAAAUAGAGUAAACAUAUGAGCAAUUAAUCUGGAAAAUGGUGACUUGUAAAAUACGCAUAUUCCCUUAUUCAUGCAAGAACAUUUUAACCAAACAUGUUGGGAAAAAAGCUAUUGGACACGUUAUUACCGAGAAAUACAAUAUAGUGCUUCUUUUUUAGUGCUUUCUAUUUGAAAAAUCUGCUAAUCACGUUUUCAGUGGUUCUAUGAUGUUUUAGAGAUAUGACAAUUUUCACAACGGGGAGCCUAUUUUCAUGAUUUCACUUAGGGCCCCACAAACCCAUGGGCCGGCCCUGAUGAAAAUGACCAAUACUGUGAGGUUAUGUCAUUGGUUCUCAGUUGAAAUUUUGUAUGCAUCAGUUUAUUUACACUAUUCUGUUGAAAAUGUUCAAACUGACCAUUCAUCUCUAUGUGCCUCAGUCUCCUUAAGCUGUUACCGUCCAUGCAGAGAGUGGAAAAGUCCUCAGAAUAAUGUUCUCAACAUGUACUGUGAAAUAUAUCAUUGUAUUUGUAAGCUCCAUUUGUCAAUUUUUUUAUUAAAUGUAUUUUGAGGGUUUUUCAGCAUACAUAAGAACCAUAAAAAUGCCAGUCCAAUGAUAAAUCAAAGCAAAAGAGUCAAAAUGGUCAUACACAAAUCUGUAAAAAGGCCACAAGAGGGCGAAGCUUUGGUGCAAAGAAAGAGUUGGCUAGUAAUGAUAAGUAAAUUUGGUUAUGAAUGCAUCCGAUGUAUCAGAGUUUAUGCCAUUUACAAAUGCUUAACCAAGUAAGGUUUCUCACAAAGGUUCCAGUACUACUUAGCAGAAUAAAUAUCCA